GAACUAAUAAAUUGGUGCAAAAGGUGCAUCAGGCUUAGGUUCUGCUUUAUCAAAGUGCAUUAAUCUUUCAAAUUUGACACUUGAUCUUUAUAACAAUUAAAUUGGUGAAGAAGGUGCAUCAGGCUUAGGUUCUGCUUUAGCAAAGUGCAUUAAUCUUUCAAAUUUGACACUUUCUCUUUAUGGAAAUUAAAUUGGUGCAACAGGUGCAUCAGGCUUAGGUUCUGCUUUAGCAAAGUGCAUUAAUCUUUCAAAUUUGACACUUUCGCUUGGUGGAAAUUAAAUUGGUGCAACAGGUGCAUCAGGCUUAGGUUCUGCUUUAACAAAGUGCAUUAAUCUCUCAAAUUUGAAACUUAAUCUUUAUAACAAUUAAAUUGGUGCAACAGGUGCAUCAGGCUUAGGUUCUUCUUUAGCAAAGUGCAUUAAUCUCUCAAAUUUGACACUUGAUCUUUAUGGAAAUUAAAUUGGUGCAACAGGUGCAUCAGGCUUAGGUUCUGCUUUAGCAAAGUGCAUUAAUCUCUCAAAUUUGACACUUUAUCUUAAAUACGAAUAAAUUGGUGUAAAAGGUAUAUCAGGCUUUGGUUCUGCUUUAGCAAAUUGCAUUAAUCUCUCAAAUUUGACACUUGAUCUUAGUAGCAAUUAAAUUGGUGUAACAGGUGCAUCAGGCUUAGGUUCUGCUAUAGCAAAGUGCAUUAAUCUCUCAAAUUUGGCACUUGAUCUUAGUAACAAUUUAAUUGGUGCAACAGGUGCAUCAGGCUUAGGUUAUGCUUUAGCAAAGUGCAUUAAUCUCUCAAAUUUAACACUUAAUCUAUAUGAAAAUUAAAUUGGUGUUGAAGGUACAUCAGGCUUAGGUUCUGCUUUAGCAAAGUGCAUUAAUCUCUCAAAUUUGACACUUUCGCUUGGUUACAAUAAAAUUGCUGAUGAUGGUGCAUCAGGCUUAGGUUCUGCUUUAGCAAAGUGCAUUAGUCUCUCAAAUUUGACACUUGAUCUUGUUAACAAUUAAAUUGGUGCAACAGGUGCAUCAGGCUUAGGUUAUGCUUUAGCAAAGUGCAUUAAUCUCUCAAAUUUGGCACUUGUGCUUUGUAACAAUUAAAUUGGUGAAACAGGUGCAUCAGGCUUAGGUUCUGCUUUAGCAAAGUGCAUUAAUCUCUCAAAUUUGGCACUUAAUCUAUAUGGAAAUUAAAUUGGUGCAACAGGUGCAUCAGGCUUAGGUUUUGCUUUAGCAAAGUGCAUUAAUCUCUCAAAUUUGACACUUUUGCUUGGUAACAAUUAAAUUGGUGCAACAGGUGCAUCAGGCUUAGGUUCUGCUAUAGCAAAGUGCAUUAAUCUUUCAAAUUUGACACUUGAACUUAAGUAAAAACAGUUUAUUUAUUUUGGAUUGUGA